AUGAAUCAAAAAAGAGAAAGAGACAAACAGGAUAGUGAUGCACCUCAAUCAGUCACCAGUAUUGUUUCUCGAACCAAAGUAGAUAUCACAAAGAACCCACUAUUAUGGGAUAAACUAGUCGAGAAUGAAAAGAUUGAAUAUGAUACUGUCAAUAGUACUUUUGCCUACAAGCCUACAUUUCAAAUCAAAAGUAAAGAAGAAUUGUUGUCUUUGUUGGCACAACACAAGAAUGAAGGCGGCAUGGAUUAUAAAGACCUUAAGGAUUCAUACUCCAAAUUAAGUAGUGCAGUAGAAGAAUUGGCUGCUUCAGGACAAAUCCUGGUGGUUAGAAAUAAGGAUGGUAAUCCGCGUGUCUUGUUCUAUAAUGAUGCUGAAUACAACACUCCUAUUGAUUCAGAAUUCAAACAAAUGUGGUCUGAAAUUCCUAUUCCUGAUGAAACAGAUUUACCUAAAGCAUUGGAAACUGCAGGUCUUAAGACAAUGGAAGUAUUUGAAAAGAAGAUUACAUCUGAGUCCAAGCCAAAGAGAUCGAAAACAAGAAACAAGCGAAUCAAGAUUACAAAUACUCACUUGUCACAUAUUGAUUUAUCUAAAGAUUAUGUGCCACCCAACAAGAAAUAA